AGAGAGUUCUCUCAGAGUUAGGAUGUCACUGUCGUCGUCGUCACAAUGGAACAUGGAAAAUACGUUAAAAUUAAUCGAUGAUUUCCGCGAAAAUCCUUGUUUGUGGGAUCAUACACUACCUCCAUUACAAAAAUCUCGUGACAAGAGACUUAAAAUUUACAAUGAAUUAGCUCAAAAAUAUUGUGUUGGUGUAAACGAAUUGGUGAAAAAACUGCACCACCUCAAAUUUCAAUUCCUAAGAGAACUCAAGAAAUUAAGAGAACAUGAAGCCGGUGAAAACGAUGAAGCAUGGAAAAAUAAGAAAUCUUCAUGGUUUGGAUUUACGCCAUUGUUGUUCCUAUUAAAUCAAACAUAUCAUGAAGGAGAUGAAAUAUCGAGCUUGGCUUAUGACACUACAGAUCUUGAAAUUAAGUCAUCAUUAGAUAUGUUAGAGGCCGUUGAUUGCAGUGAAACAGAUAACAACACCAAAAGCAUUAGUUCACAAGCCCAAACCGGUGUUGAUCGCACUGAAAUAGAUCACAAUACCAAAAUCAUUAGUUCACAAUCUCAAACUGUCAUUGAAAAAUCAUCUGUCAAAACUGAACCCAUCAAACUUGAAAAUGACACUUUAAAGUGCAUGAAAAGCCUUAUAGAUGUCGUUAAUAAACAUGAUGAAUUUUCAGUUUAUGGUGAUUAUAUCGCCGAUAAGAUGCGAAAUUGUGGAAGAAGCCAAAAAGAAAUUCACAUUGCACAACAUCAUAUUGAUAAUGUAACAUUUAAUUUGAUAAUGGGUGUCUAUGGACGAGGAGCUACGAUAACGCCACCGUCAUCAAAUGGUUCAACUUCAAAAAUUCCUAAUUUUGCACUAAAAGAGGAAAAGAUGUGAAUUUUACCUCAGAUUAU